AUGGCAGAACCCUCCUUUUCCACCACGGAGUACCUCGCUCCUCUUGGCAGCAACGUCCUACUCAGAGUUGGGUGGUUUGAUCACACCCAACUGCAUCAUGGCCUCCAUCUCCCUCUUCAGCUGCUCGACCAACUUCUGGGGAACACGAUAGGGAUCCCGACUGUGCAGAAGGUGAUCCCGGUGGUGGUGCUGGACGUUGACUCGAACUGGGAAAUUGUGCUCCAUCACCCACAUUCGGACGUCCGGCGGAAGAACGCACAGCAGUUGCUCCACGACGAUGAGUCCAGCAGGAACUCCAGUGGUUCUAAAGCGCUGCCAAUAUGUCUCCAGGGAAAUAUCGUAUUUGGCUUAAACAAAAAGACACCAUGGGCUUGGGGCAAGGAGACCUGGUGUUGCGAGACCAGUUCAUCCUGGGCCUUAAAGAAGGACCAGUACGGCAAGAGCUUCGUCGGCAGGUACGAAAAGCCCCCCAGCUCACCUUCGAUGAGGGCAGCGAACGGACUUAACCUCCCGUGGGUAGGGUACAUGGUGGCCGACUUUGAAAUCCAUGGGGUCCGGGUACCUGCACGUGGCAUUGUAGUGGCUAAGGACGAGUGUAUUGGAGCAGACAAAGCCAUCCUAGGGAUGAACGUGAUUACUGACUGUUGGGAAGAACUUUUCACGCAGUACAAGGCCUCCCCCAAACACUCGACGCCACCACUGAGCAGGGAAUGGAACACUGUUUUUAUCGACUGUCAACGCAUCCGUGCUGCCGCUAAUGCAGAGCCAUGGCAAGCUACAGCGAGAUUAGCCAGUCGUACUCCUGUAACCAUACCCGCACAAAGUGAAAUGACUGUUUGGGCCAAAAUCCCCCGGCCCUCUUCAAACCAGCCAGGCUGUGCGCUGGUAGAACCCCUUGGGGAAGAUGGAGGAGUUGGGGUGGCCAGAGCAUUAGUGACUGUGAGAAAGGCGCGCAUUCCAGUGAGGGUUAGGAAUGUCCAUCCGUAUGCUCUAACGCUCAGCAGGUUCCAGAGGCUGGCGACUGUCUCGGCCGUCGACCCUGACGCGGUGCGGGAUGGGAAGGAGCUCUCCAUUCUGAAUGUGGGUCCUGGAGUCGUGGAGGUUAAUCUGGUCGACACUGCUGAUCCGGACAAACCAGAGGUGAAUGAGACAACUAAUGCCCUUCCCCUCUCUAAAGGAGAUGGACUCACAGAUGAUGAGCAAAGACAAUUGAAUGAACUACUGCGAAGAUGGAGUCAUGUGUUCUCGAUACACGAGGAAGACUAUGGACGAACGGGGGCUGUGAAACACCGGAUUCCCACAGGUGACUCUAACCCCAUUCGUGAGCGACUGCCUGCUCCCCCAGACCGGAAAUUGGCCGGAGAAGAGAGACUGGUUGGGGCAGUAGAGACUAUGUCUAUGGACUCUCCGCCCAAUAGCUGGAGGUGGGACCCAGAGCGCUGGAGAAGUCUACAAAAUGAAGACCCCGACUUACAAAGCAUAAAGGAGCACGUUGAAAGAGGCUCCACCCCGAACGCCCAAAUUAUAGUGUGCGUCCUGAAGGAAGAGAUGGCCCUGAAAGAGUCAUCCAUCGCAACAACUUGA